UUUCCAAAACCAUUUGGGAAAUUUAACGCAAGCUUUGUUGCUAACCACGUUUUUGCAAUAAAUACAUUUGAAAAACCCCGUACAAUUAUUAAAGCAUAUCGGUAUACGGGGGUUAACGGUAUAAUUUUAAUAUGCUUAACAAUUAAAAUAGCGGUUACAAAAUACCGUACGCUCCGUAUAAUUGUUUUUAAAAAGGGGCAAAUAAAUAAGGUCCCAAUUAUUGCUUUAUUGGAAAUCGAUAACCUUUUGCAACGGGAACGCGUUGCGGAUAUUUAUGUAAAACGAAAAAAAAGCAAUGUUCGUUUUGGGGGCAAAUUUAUUGGAAUCGAAAGCGUUGCGGCGGCGCUUGUUGCGCGCUUUACGCUUUUUUUCGGCGAAGGUUUUUUUGCCGCGGUAGCUAAAGCCCGCCGGGGGGUUACCGGCAGGACGUUUGCGGGAAUUUUAAAGGGUUGCAAGCGCAAAAGGGCCCGAUGA